CAAAUAGACUAAAAACACAAACAUAACAAAACCCUAUUGCCCUGUCCCCACCAGCCAUUACCUUUUCUCUCUCUGCCUCUGUAUAUAUAUAUAUAUAUAUAUAUAUGGAUCAAGUAGUUCAAGCUUAGCUGGCAAUAGCGGGAUAGCCGGAAGUCAAACACACCACCACUAUUCCGGCAACCGGAAGUGGGUUCUGUGUCAGAUUCGAGUCACUCAACCCCCUCACGUAUACAAGUUUCAGCCUUUCUGGCUUUUCCCUGCCAAGCCACUUUCUUGAGUUUUAUUGAAUUUUUCUUUCUUUCUUUCUCAGUUUUCUUUUCGUUUUUUUUUUCUAGGAACCGUCACUCGUUGCUUUUGUGAAUUGUCAGCGCUUAAAAACUCUAAACCCACUUUUUUUUGGCUUUUAAGCCUACACUAAUUUUGAUAUAUACAGAGUGUGAUAGUCCACAGUCCUUUCUUGACCAGCCACUUUCUUCUUCUUCUUCUUCUGCUUCUUCUUCUUCAUCUCUCUUCAUUAUUAUUUUUUUAUUCAGAUAAUAUUUUAAUCAUUGUUUUUACCUAUUUUAUCAUUAUGUCCCGUCAACUGAACUAUGCAAAGAGUAGGUAGAAAUAUAGAGAGAGAAAGAGACACCGAUACAGAUUGGUUACCAACAAUUUUUGAACAAGAGAAAAAUCAAAUGAAAAGGAAAGGUUUUUGAUUUAAACCCAGGUGAGAGUUUUUGGUCUUCUCUCCUUUCCAUUUUCGUUAUGUUUCUUUUAGGGAGAGAAAUAAAGAGGGAGAGAGACAGCCUGCAUUUGAUAUGAGGAGGAGAAGAUUUGAAUUAGUUAUUAUUAUUAAGUUAUUAUAAGCCAUGGUGGAUCAGCGAAUUCGUUUAGCAUUCACAUUUCUGCUAUUGCUAUUAAAAUUGAAGCCUUCACUUGAGCAGGUAGAGACACUGAGUUCACCUGUUGAACGAGUUGCUCUACUUCAACUCAGAUCCUCUUUAGGGAUUAGAAGCAAAGAGUGGCCUAGAAAAGCCAAUCCUUGCUUGAAUUGGACGGGAAUCACUUGCCGGAACAGAAGCGUUUUUGGGAUUAACAUUUCUGGUUUUAGAAGAACGAGAGUUGGUUCUCAAAACCCACAAUUUGCUGUGGAUGCACUCGCUAAUCUAACUCGGUUGAGUUAUUUUAACGCGUCUAGAUUCCAACUCCCUGGUUCUAUCCCUGAAUGGUUUGGUCAAAGCUUUGGUUCACUUCAAAUUCUUGAUCUUAGUUUUUGUGCAAUACAAAAUGCUAUUCCUGCUAAUUUAGGGAAUUUGACUAAUUUAAUCAGUCUCUAUCUGACUGGUAAUAGAUUAACUGGUGCAAUUCCCUCUAGUUUGGGUCAAUUGGUGUUGCUUUCGGUGCUUGAUCUUUCGCAGAAUUCACUUACGGGAUCUAUUCCUGUGUCGUUUGCGUCACUUGGGAACUUGACAAGUCUUGAUAUUUCUUCCAAUUUCUUAGCUGGGUCCAUUCCUCCUGGCAUUGGAAUGCUUUUGAAGCUUCAGUAUUUGAAUCUUUCAAGUAAUCAGUUAUCAUCUCCAAUACCUGCUCAGCUUGGAGACCUUAGUAGGUUGGUUGACCUUGAUCUUAGUGUAAAUUUAUUGUCUGGUUCAUUGCCUGUGGAUUUAAGAGGGUUGAGGAAUCUGAAGAGAAUGCUAAUUGGUAACAAUAUGCUUGUUGGGUCUUUGCCGGUCAAUUUGUUUCCUUCUUCAAGUCAAUUGCAGAUUGUGGUUUUGAAGGACAAUGGUUUUACAGAUACUGUCCCUAGUGUGCUAUUUACGAUGCCUGGAUUGCUUUUUCUUGAUAUCUCCGGUAACAAUUUCUCCAGCUUCUUGCCUAAUGUUACCUUGAGUGCGAAUGCCACUACUGCAGAAUUGAAUCUAUCUGGGAAUUUGUUUUAUGGAGGUCUCUCAUCUAUUCUGAGAAGGUUUAGUUCUGUUGAUUUGUCUGAUAAUUAUUUUGAAGGCAGGAUUCCAGAUUAUUUGCCUGUUAAUGCUUCUCUUGUUAGUAAUUGUCUCCAAAAUGUGUCAAAUCAGAGAACUGUACGUGAUUGUGCAUCUUUUUAUGCUGAAAGAGGCUUGAUUUUUGACAAUUUUGGACUCCCAAAUUCCACACAACCUCCUGCAAGAGAAACUAAAGGGAAGAGCAACAAAAAGUCUAUCAUAUUAGCAAGUGUUUUGGGAGGUGUUGGGCUCAUUGUCCUUCUGAUAGUAUUAGCUCUACUGCUUCUUUGCAUCCGUAAGAGGGGUACUACAAAUCAGAGAGGCGUUGGUGUUGGUCCAGCUCCUGCUGCGAGCAGUCCACCACCUCCAGAAGCAUCAAUCAAUUUUUCAAGUUUAGGAGAUACAUUCACAUAUCAGCAGCUGCUCCAAGCCACUGGUGAUUUCAGUGAUGUGAACCUCAUUAAACAUGGCCAUUCAGGAGACCUCUAUAGGGGUAUAUUGGAAAAUGGGAGCACUGUAGUUAUAAAAAGAGUAGAUUUGCAGUCCGUAAAUAAGGAUACAUAUUUACUGGAAUUGGACUUUUUCAGUAAAGUUUCGCAUCCUAGAGUGGUUCCCCUCUUGGGACACUGUUUAGAGAAUGAGAAUGAGAAGUUCUUGGUUUACAAAUAUAUGCCAAAUGGAGAUUUGUCAAGUUCCUUGCACAGGAAAACUACUGCAGAAGAUGGUAGUUUACAGUCAUUAGAUUGGAUUACAAGAUUAAAAAUUGCAUUAGGAGCAGCAGAAGGUCUAAAUUGUCUGCAUCAUGAAUGCACACCGCCCUUUGUACACAGAGAUGUUCAAGCAAGCAGUAUACUCCUUGAUGAUAAAUUUGAAGUACGGCUUGGAAGCUUAAGUGAAGUUUGCCCUCAAGAAGGGGAUACUCAUCAAAGCAGGAUUACCAGGUUGCUGCGGUUGCCACAGUCAUCAGAACAAGGCACUUCUGGUUCAGUGACGGCAACAUGUGCCUAUGAUGUCUACUGUUUUGGGAAGGUAUUACUUGAGCUGGUGACUGGAAAGCUGGGCAUGAGUGCAUCCAGUGAAGCACAACUGAAAGAAUGGUUAGAACAGACACUACCAUACAUCAGCAUUUAUGAGAAGGAACUUGUGACAAAAAUUGUCGAUCCAUCUUUGAUUGUCGAUGAAGAUUUGUUGGAAGAAGUCUGGGCCAUGGCCAUUGUUGCCAGGUCUUGCCUCAAUCCCAAGCCUUCAAGGCGACCACUAAUGAGAUACAUCCUCAAGGCUUUGGAAAAUCCACUGAAGGUGGUAAGAGAAGAAAACUCUAGCUCGGCUAGGCUUAGAACAACAUCAUCAAGAGGAUCUUGGAAUGCUGCUCUAUUCGGUAGCUGGCGUAGCACAUCUGAUGUAGCAGUGAUUCCGGCAGGCUCCAGUAGGCCGGAAGGAGGGGGUAGUUUUAAAAAUUCAACUUCAAAUUCACAGGGAAGUGGCCAAAAUAAUGGUGUCGGUGGUGAACAUUCAUCCUCACGCAGACGGCAUUCUCGGGAAAUUGUUCCUGAACCAUCUGAUUUUCACGAUGUAGAGGCACAAGGUCAGGAUUAGCACAGAUGUUGAUUGUUCUUGAUUCUUUGUUAAUAAUACUGCAGGCUUCCCAUUCGGCCUGCUUGUAGGUAUCCCUAAUGUUCUGGUGGAGCCAUUAUUGUAUAUCAGUGGGGUGUUUCGAAAGAUGCAUAUCUAAGUUUUGGAGAAGAUUUUGUUUUGAGGCAGCCGUGUUAGGUGGUGGAUAGAUUGAAUUGGGAAGAUAUUGCAAGAGAAGAGGGGUGCUAAUGACAGGAAUGGUGAUAAUAUUUGUUUGACAGCUUGUUUAAACAAGCUACCAUUUUUUAUCUGUAACUGUAAUUGAUCUCUGCUUUUUGUGGUCCUUGAUUUUUCCUCUUGCCAUGUAAAGUGUAAUUGCCAAGGAUUUCAUGAUUCAAUUCAGGUUCUAAUUUUCAGGAAGAAA